AAGGACAAAUGAUCAGGCUGAGCGGACGAGCAGCCCCCUAGUCUGUCCCAGCCGGCGCUUCCACACUUUCACUCUGUAGGACUGAACUCAUUCAUGAUGGACUUUCUCACUGACAAGUUUUCCCUGAAGAACCAGCCGAGCAAAGCCGGUGAUUUCUACAUGGGGGCAGCGGGCACACUGGAGCAUGUAAUGGACUCCAUGGACACUGAGUCGUUUUACAGCAAGAGCCCGGCAGUAGCCGCAGCAGCAGCAGCAGCAAGUAAAUGCGUUCAGCAGGCCUUCAGUGCUAUCCACAGAGCCGAGCACCAUGUGAGGAUGGAGAGGGCAUCCCCCUGCCAGGAGAACAACGCGAACUACGGCCUAGCCAAGGUGGAAGGACAGACGGUUCACACAGAGCUGGGGAGGUCCAUGGAAACGUGUUGCAGCCUGGCGGUCUCCCCGGGGAAGUCAAUGGCGGACAAAGUGGAACUGGACGAGCUGGGGGAUAAAUGUGACAGCAACGUGUCGAGCAGCAAGAAGAGGAGGCACCGCACCACAUUCACCAGCCUGCAGCUGGAGGAGCUCGAGAAGGUGUUCCAGAAGACCCAUUACCCUGAUGUGUAUGUCAGGGAGCAGCUGGCGCUCAGAACCGAGCUCACCGAGGCCAGAGUACAGGUCUGGUUCCAAAAUCGCAGAGCCAAGUGGAGAAAGCGAGAACGUUAUGGACAGAUACAGCAAGCUAAGAGCCACUUCGCUGCUACCUACGAUAUAUCUGUACUACCAAGGGCAGACAGUUAUCCACAGAUUCAGAACAACUUGUGGGCAGGAAAUCCAAGUGGAGGAUCAGUAGUGACCUCUUGUAUGUUACCCCGAGAACCUUCCUCUUGUAUGACACCAUACUCCCACUCCUCCAGGACCGACUCUCCAUACACAGGUUUUACAAAUCAUCAGAACCAAUUCAGCCACAUGCCCCUAAAUAACUUCUUCACCGAAUCCUUAUUAUCGGGCUCUGCAAACGGACAUUCUUUUGAAGCGAAACCAGAGUUUGAAAGGAGAUCCUCCAGUAUUGCAGUAUUGCGAAUGAAAGCCAAAGAGCACACAGCAAACAUUUCAUGGGCCAUGUAAAUGAAACUGUCAUUUUGUUUUGGUUAUAAAAACUUCUAACACACUUUAUUUUUUGUAUUUAAACAUUUUUUUUAUAAAUCCGUGUCCAAACUGUUUAGAAUUCGUUGUUUCUUAAAACUUUGUAAAAACUUUGUAAAAAAAAAAAAUAAACAAAUGUAUUAAGCACUA